GAUAUCUAUUAAAUCAUCAAACAAGAGCCAAAUGGUUUCAUAGGGCAAGUAAAAACAACCAAUAGGUUUCGACAUGUUCGAACACCACCAGCCUUCACCACCGUCUACUCCUCUUGGAAACUUGGAAUUUCGGAUCUGCUGUCUUCUCUCUUCCCUGCCGCCGGCCAUAGCUUGGUGUGAGUUCGGUUUUCCUGUGGCCCCGUGGAAGUCCUCCAAGUUUCCCGCCGGCUCUUCCCUUUACCGUCAGCUCCAGCUUUGCUUGUUGAGCAUUUCUGGUCCUUGUUUGCCCUGUGGUCUUAGCACUUGGAUUAGGCCUUCUGUUCUGCGUGACUAAGGUAAGUAAAUUAUGGUAAAGCCC